UGGACUAAAAAUCAAAUCUGACACUCAGGUUUCACUAGAUUUUGAAGAAGUUGCGUGAGAACUUUUGCAGAAGUAGCAAGGAAAAACCGAUGACCAAGUUCGAUUAAACGUAGAGAAAGACAUAAAAAUGUGUGAUCUGAGUGAAGAUGAUCGUCUUAGAUUGAUCUGCUUAACUGCUCUAUUAUCUUUCUUAUCCGUAAUACCAGCUCUGGGGCUUGUGGUAAUUGGUAGUUAUACUCGCAAUGCUGUGCAAGAUAAAGUCCGACUUUUAGAAAAUUUCGAUACCUCUGAACUUCCAAUCAUUCUUGUGGCGUUUGGACUUUAUUCCGUGUUACAUAAUGUGAUAGGUUUAUCAGUUAUGCUUUCUUUGAAUCGACCAAAUAGUCGGUAUACACGCAUGGGUCUACUAUGUGUGGAAAUAGUCGCAGGAAUCAUCCUGGUAAUGGCUUGUGUUGGCUUGGCUAUUGGUUGUUUCAUACAGAUUGACAAAUUGGACCAAUCCUUUCAUGGAGGUUUAUUAAAUGCAAUGAAGUUAUAUAAGAAAAGUCCUCUGGUAAAAAUGCAAAUCGAUAAACUUCAGAUUGAUUAUAAAUGUUGUGGAAGCGCAAGGUUUACAGAUUGGUUUGAAAUUGCUUGGAGAAAAUCAGAGUUCAUCAAUCCGUCUGACCCAAGUUAUAGACCCAGAGGAAUAGAUGCAAAAAGAGAAUAUGUCAAUGAUGACGUACCGUUCAGCUGCUGUAAAGUCAAUGUAGCAAGACCAUGUAUUAAUCACCAUGUAUUGAAUAAUGCUAAGCAUUAUAAAUAUGACUUCGAAAAAGAUAUAACUCUCAAUUUAAAGGGAUGUCGACAUGCCUUGGUCGAAUUUUAUGGUCACAACAUGAUGAAUUAUAUGGCAAAUAUUGUUUUAGGUCUCGCAGUUGUGCAGGUAUAG